GUGCCGGAGCCUCAGCUGCGUGUUCGGUAUAAAUACCUUCACUCCCGGCUUCAGUCCGUGUUGUCACCGGUAGCAGCUCCACCUUAAAGUCAAACACACGAUGGCAGCACCGAAGAAAAUCUGUGUGAUCGGCUCUGGUAACUGGGGCUCUGCCAUUGCCAAGAUUGUGGGCGCCAACGCAGCCAAGUACGACCAGUUUGACACCACUGUGAACAUGUGGGUGUUUGAAGAGAUGAUUAACGGCCGCAAACUCACAGAUAUCAUCAACACGGACCAUGAAAAUGUGAAAUAUCUGCCCGGACACAAGCUGCCCCCCAACGUGUUGGCUGUUCCAGACUUGGCUGAGUCCGUGAAAGGAGCAGACAUCCUGAUCUUUGUGGUCCCACAUCAGUUCAUUAUUAGAGUUUGUGACACCAUUAAAGACCACAUCAAGGCGGAUGUUGUAGGAAUGUCUCUUAUCAAGGGUGUGGAUGCAGGUCCUGAGGGCUUGAAGCUGAUCUCGGAGGUCAUCAAAGGGAAGCUGGGUAUCGACACGACAGUCCUCAUGGGAGCAAACAUCGCCAACGAGGUCGCUGACGAGAAGUUCUGUGAAACGACCAUCGGGUGCAAAGACAAAGUUCACGGGCCCAUCCUGAAGAAGCUGAUGCAGACCACCAACUUCCGUGUGACUGUGGUCGAGGAGUCUGAUGUUGUGGAGAUCUGCGGGGCACUCAAGAACAUUGUAGCAGUCGGAGCCGGUUUCUGUGACGGCCUGGGAUUUGGCGACAACACAAAGGCAGCAGUGAUCCGUCUCGGCCUGAUGGAGAUGAUCGCCUUCGCCAAGGUCUUCUGCACGGACUGCCCCGUCUCCCCCGCCACCUUCCUGGAGAGCUGCGGCAUCGCUGACCUCAUCACAACCUGCUACGGGGGACGCAACCGCAAGAUCGGAGAAGCUUUCGCCAAAACCGGCAAAACCAUCGAGCAGUUAGAAAAUGAAAUGCUAAACGGACAGAAGCUUCAAGGUCCGGCAACUGCAUCUGAAGUCCACGUAAUCUUGAAGCAGAAAAACAUGUUGGAAAAAUUCCCUCUUUUCGCUGCUGUGUAUGAGAUCUGCUUCAACAGUCACCCCGUUACAGAGUUCAUCAACUGUUUGCAGAACCACCCAGAGCACAUGUGAAGGACUGACAAAAGGACCGACGAAUGCCAGAAGUUGGGAAAGGACUUUUACACUACUGUAUUACACUUGUGACUGCGGGGAGGGGGCUAAGUCGCCCUCUAAACCUGAGCUGCUGUUACUGACCGAUACAGAACUCUGUUUUUUUUUACAGAUUAGACGCAUACAUGUGGGAAAAAAAAUGUUAUCUAAAUCUACCAAGUCUUAAAUUUGAAUGACUCUGGCUUACACAAUACACAAACCGACCUGAAUGUUGUGAAAUGUUGCGUAAUUUCUUGGUUAAAAAAAGUGCCUUAACUUGCCUUUUCACUGAUUUAUGCUUUCCAGUGUUAAACAAUGCACUGUUUUUUUUCCCUGGAGUCUUCUUAAGAUGUAGCCAAAAAUGUCAAAAGAUUUAUUUUGGAAUAAAUUAUUGAACUUUU